AUGAUUUUUGCCGAACAAACAUCAUAUGCCAAAGGAAUUAUUUUAAAAAUUCUUUGGUUACUUGUUCGAUUUACACUUUUAUGUACUGAAUUAAGUCUUCUGGUUUUUGGCAUUUAUUUCGGUCGUUCAAGUCCAAAUCGACCAUGGAUGAAAACAAUAAAAAUUUUAAUUAUUUCAUCAAUUUGUUCUUUAAUUUAUACCAUAACACAAGCUAUACUUGAAUUUCGUGGUGAUACACGUCCAAGUAGUUUUCAAAUAACAAAUUAUAAUCUUUAUUCCUAUGGUGGAAUGAAAUUUCUUCUUAUAUCAAGUUCAAUUUUUCUUAUUAUGUACAUUAUUAUCUUUUUUCUACCAUUUUUAUGUCAUCAACAUCGUAAAUAUUUACCAAUUCGUCGAUCAUUUUAUAUCUAUUGUUUUAUAAUGGCAUUUAUUAAUGGUAUUCAAAUAAUCGCAACAAUUUUUAAUUUAACCGAAACUACUAAAUAUAGCAUGUGUAUUGUUGAUGGUACGACAUGUAUAUUUUAUAUUUGUUUUGCACCAUUUGUUUAUCAUCAAUUUCUACGACGAGCUUUAAGUGCGCAAACUCUCAUUCCGCAAGUAAUGUAUGCAGAUUCAACUAUCAAUGAUGAUGAUGAUGAAGAUUAUCUUAUUGAUCCUGAAAUAGAUUUAAGUCGUCCUUUACUUAAUUAUUCACAAGAUCAGGAUGAUGAUAUUUUACAUUCAACAAUAAUAUGA